CACGCGCCGGAGCUGAGGUCGCCCCUGCCUGCCGAGUAAACACCACGAAGUGGAACGCGUCCAUUGGCUGGUGGUAAAGUCGAGCUGCGUUCAUUGGCAGCAGGUAAAGUUCAACUGCGCGUGGAGCUGUACCAAUCCGUCCCGGCGCGCUCUCUCGCAGCAGCAGCAGCAGCUCCCCGCCGGCGGCUGCCGCUGUGGCGCGAGGCGCCACCGCCGUCGCCCAGCGCCCAGAGACCUCGCGGGGGCUCUCCUCUGCGCGGCCACUCCGAUCCACCUCUUCAUAGUUUUCGUUUCCCACCAAUUUCCAACGUCUCUUCUCACUUUCCAACAUGUUCUGCUUUUGAGUCAUCUUCUCCUGCUCCGCAUGGCCGAUGUCUUGAUGUAGAGCACGCAAGAUGAAUAGAGUCAUAGCCACCGGAGGUUCUUCAAUGGAAUACCACCAAAGUGUCCAGCACAACAACCACAAUUCAAAUGCCUACUCUGGAUAUCCCGAACACAACCGCAAUGCAAAUGCCUACUCUGGAUAUCCCCAAUACAACCCCAAUUCAAGUGCCUACUCUGGCUAUCCCGAACACAAUUCCAAUUCAAGUGCCUACUCUGGCUAUCCCGAAUACAACUCCAAUUCAAAUGCCUACUCUGGCUAUCCCGAACACAACUCCAAUGCAAGUGCCUACUCUGGCUAUCCCGAAAACAACCGCAAUGCAAAUGCCUACUCUGGCUAUCCCGAAAACAACCGCAAUGCAAAUGCCUACUCUGGCUAUCCCGAACACAACCGCAAUGCAAAUGCCUCCUCUGGCUAUGCCCAAUACAACCCAAAUGCAAAUGUCGAGCCUGACUAUCCUCAAUACAACUUCAACCAACAGCCAUACCCCAUGACAAGCGCAAUCGCCUACCCCCCUCCGUACGAGCGCUCUGCGAGUGGACUCGGCUCCAACGACUCACCACCACCACCCCCCGUGCAGAAUUACGAGAAUUUGUCGGUGGUGGAUGACCGCGUGAGUGAGUCGGGGAGCGCAGGGAACGAGACGGCGAUGCAUUUCUCGGAGAAGUCUAUCCGCCACGCAUUCAUCAGGAAGGUUUACGCCAUCCUUAUGGCACAACUGAUUGUCACAAUUGGUAUCAUCUGCGCGUUUAUUUAUUGGGAAACGCUCAGGAACUGGUCCAGUGACGUUCCGUGGCUCGUUUAUGCUUCAAUACCGGCUACGUUCAUCCUGCUCGUGUGCUUGUCCUGCUGCAGCGGGAUUCGCCGUAAAGCUCCCUGUAACUUCAUCUUCCUGCUGCUCUUCACCCUGCUGGAAGGGGUAUUGCUGGGAUCUGUGUCUUGCUACUACUCGGCCGCCUCGGUGAUGUGGGCAGCGGGCAUCACCGCCUUCAUCUCCCUGGGCCUCACCAUCUUCAGUUUCCAGACCAAGAUUGAUUUCACGAUGAAGUCCGGGAUAAUGUUCGUGUUUCUCAUGGCGCUGCUGUCGUUUGGAUUAAUGUGCGCCAUUCUACGCAGCGACUGGGCCAACAUCGCUUAUGCCACACUUGGCGCUCUCAUCUUUGCAGUCUACCUCGUGAUCGACACGCAGCUCAUGAUGGGAGGGAAUCACCGCUACAGCCUGAGUCCCGAGGAGUACAUCUUCGCGGCACUCAACCUCUACAUCGACAUCGUCAGCAUCUUCCUCUUCAUCCUCACCAUCUUCCAGCGGUGAAGUCGGCACCGCCCGAACGAGAGGCGCGUCCUGACGACGUCCACCGUUCGCGAUUGUCCUCGAAGGAAAUCAACAAAUCUGUCCAUGUCUCUAAAUUUGUCUUAUUUCCAUUGUUACAAAAAAUUAUGUUUAGACAUUCUAUAAUUGCAAGUUUAGAGCAUAAAACCUAUAUUUUGGGGUCUUUCGGUAAAGCCACGUCGAUAGGUUCAAAGAAAAUGCAAAAAACUACGUUCCAGUCUGAUGACGACCGCUUGUGUCGCGAUGUCGUAGUUUUUUUUAUUUUUGCAAUUUUCUUUGAACCUAUCUACGUGACUUUACCGAAAGACCCAAAUAAUAUGCAUUCCUGCAGUCACGAAAGCUUUAAGUCAAGACAUAAAACCUACUUUUAAACAUUAUGAUCUGUGGUAAUGUAAAUAAGUUGUCGCGAUGCGCUACUGCAAUGAGUGAUUAUAGUCUCAUAAUGAUCUAUUUAGGCGUUUGACAUUGAUACUUGUGUGGAACAUUAUUAUGGAACAUUGUUUACUGUGGGUAGUACUAAUCAGGGUUUCUUAACAUCGUGCUGAAGCAAUUCUACCAAUAUAUUUACGAAUGAACUGCAAAUAUUGAUUUCAA